UCUACACCGAAACUCGACAACGCAACCAUCCAAACACGCCUCCUUAGUUGGGAAAUUUCUACUACUAAAAUAUGCGAUACAAAACAAAAUGUCUGUAGAUCAAUGUUCCAGUGUGCGAGAAUGUCACUAGAAGUUCCGGAUCGGAAGAGGGUGAUGGAUGCGUUGAAUGUGAAAAAUGUAUUUUAGUUUUAAGAAAAACCUAAUUAUUGCCUAAUUAAUUUCUUAAGAGAAGGGACACGUCCUCGAAAGCCACGUCAUCUUAACACCGAAUUUCUUUCAGUCUGGUAGGUAAUGAGACUUUUCAAUUAUCCGGUGAAGGGAAGGGAAGAAAAGAGGAAGUGAGUGUUGCUUGCGUAGUAUCCAAGACAAGGAACACAAUAAUAAUUCGCCAAGCCAUUUCAAUUAUCUUUAAUUCCGUUUUAUUUUAUCUCCCGAUUUUUAUAAUUAUUGUUAUCAUUGGCGUUACAAUCUGAAAGUGUGAAGAGCGACGAAGAUGGCGGAAGAAAAAGAAUCAACAUCAAUUCCUCUCAGUCAAGGGGAUAAUGCAUCUCGCGAUGAUCCCGAAGACCCAGCCAAGUCUCCACCAAGCUCCCCCAACUCCUCCACUCGCAGGGCUUGCUGCUUUGUUCUCCAGAGUUGGGUCUCAAAGAAAUUUAUGACUGGAUGUGUAGUUCUUUUUCCAGUUGCUGUUACCUUCUUUGUUACAUGGUGGUUUAUUCAGUUUGUUGAUGGUUUUUUUAGUCCAUUAUACUCCAGGCUUGGCAUUAAUAUAUUUGGACUUGGUUUCAUUACAUCAUUAGCUUUUGUAUUUCUUAUUGGUGUUUUUGUUUCAUCAUGGAUGGGAGCUACUGUUUUCUGGAUUGGAGAAUGGUUCAUAAAGCGAAUGCCCCUUGUUAGGCAUAUAUACUCUGCAUCCAAGCAGAUUAGCGCUGCAAUAUCUCCAGAUCAAAAUACCACUGCCUUUAAAGAGGUAGCCAUUAUCCGUCAUCCACGUGUUGGGGAAUAUGCCUUUGGCUUUAUUACAUCAACUGUUACUCUACAGAAAGAUAAUGAAGAUGAAGAGCUUUGUAGCGUUUUUGUCCCUACGAACCAUCUGUAUAUUGGCGAUAUAUUUCUGGUUAACUCCAAAGAUAUUAUAAGACCAAAUCUUUCUAUUCGAGAAGGCAUAGAAAUCAUUGUUUCCGGGGGAAUGACUAUGCCGCAGUUGAUAACUCCGGUUGAAAGGGCUACUCGACCGAAUGAAAGAAUAUCUUUAAAUAGAAUUGGAUAAAGGAUUAAAUCCGUGGUUGGAACCAUGUGGGUGAUGGAAAUUAUCAGUCUGAACCUCCAUUUAUUUUAAUAUACGAAAUUUGUUGUUUAAUAUUUUGUUAACUAUUGUCUGUUCCAAGCUGCAAGAUAACUUGUAGAACUGUAGUUGUAAGCUUGUAAUCUCCUCCCUGUUUUUGCUCUACCAGUUAUACCCCAACUCCAGGCUGACACAUAUUAACUCCAAAGUAUUAAUAUAUGUUCGAAAGUCUGCGUGUUCUUAACAUUA